AUGUCGACCCUCGCCGCCACCAAAGCGGACGGCUUCUACUACCCACCCGACUGGACCCCCGAGGGCGGCAGCGCGAGCCUCGCCCGCAAGUUCAACAAGAAUGGCAGCCUCGGCAAGCGCGCGAACAAGCUCCACGAAGGGAAGCUCACCGUGCGCUUCGAGAUGCCCUACAACGUGGGGUGCCGGCGGUGCGGCCAGACCAUCGCGCGGGGCGUUCGGUUCAACGCGGAGAAGAGGGUCGUGGGCAAGUACCACAGCACGCCCAUCUACGCCUUCACCAUGCUCACCAGGUGCUGCGCCAACCAGCUCGAGAUCCACACCGACCCCAAGGACGCCGAGUACGUCAUCGUGAGCGGCGCAGACAGACGGAUCGGAGGCGCGGGCGCCGCCACCAGGUACAACGACCACGCCAAGGGUCUCGACGCCGAGGGUACCACGGAGAUCGAGCUGCAAUCCAGGGAGGAACGCGACGCCAUGAUGGCAGAUCCGAUGGGACGGCUGGAGCGAACAGUGGGAAUGGUCCGAGCCGCGGAGGACGGAGACGGCCCGUCGGCGUCCGGCCGCGCGCCUCCCACGUUCAUAGAGCUCAGGGACCAGUCAAAAAACAGGUGGAAGGACGACUACGAGGCCAACAGGACGCUGCGACGGGCGAUGAGGGGGCAGCGGAAGGAGAUAAAGGCGCUGCGGGAGGAGGGAAAGAGGCUCAACCUGGCCGAGCACAUAAAGCUGCUCCCGCGGUCGGAAGAGGACGCG